AUGGGAACGGGAGAAGCGCUGCACAUCCCCCGCCCCGACCCCGGCACCAUGGGCGCGUACUUGCCCCCGCAGAGCAGCGGCAUGCCGUACAACCCGGCCGCAGGGAACGGGGUCUCGGCGCCCGCCGCCGGCCGCCCCGACGCGCCCCCGGGCGCCUAUAUGCCGCCGCCGCCCGCGCCGGGCUCGUGCAUGGUGUGCUACAACCCGAGCGUGGACCUGCUGCUCGAGCCGUGCCACCACCAGUUCCACGCCGCGUGCAUCGAGCGCUGGCUCAGCAAGGACAAGGUCUGCCCCACGUGCUGGACGCCCAUCCAGGCGCCGCGCCGGCUCCUGACGCAGCAGCAACAGCAGCAGUACGCGCAGGGCGUGGGUCAGGACAACGGCGGAUACCCCGUCGACAGCAAGGCGCACGUACUGGACGGCGCGGCGGCGGGAACCCCCACGGCCGCGGCUAACGGAGACGCCGGCGCGCAGCAGCAGAGCAACCCGCCCACGGCCAUGCGCAAGGGCAAGUGGACGGCCGAGGAGAGCGCGUACUGCGACCGGCUGAUCGAGGAGUUCAAGAAGGGCAACCUGCCGCUGGCCGAGGGCACAACGCUGCGCACGUUCCUGAGCAAACUGCUGAACUGCGACCCCAUGCGCAUCUCCAAGAAGUACACGGGCGACCAGUGCAUCGGCAAGAUCAUCUUCCGCCGCCGCGAGGACGAGGUGUCCAAGGAAGACAUGGAGAACAUCCGCAAGGACCUGGCCGAGCUGGAGAAGACGUACCUGGAGAGGGAGCAGUACAACCAGCGGCGGCGCGAGAAGCGACUCGAGUCGGAGUUGUCGAGGGACAAAAACCGCUUCGCUGCCGCCAGAUCCAUCGGAUACGCAGCAGCAGCGGGCAACCCGGCGGCCAUGCGCCCGCCCCACCCGCAGCAGCCGCAGCCACAGCAGGGAGGGUAUCCGCCUGCUGCGGUGCAGCCCAUGACGAAGCAGGAGCCUCGGCCCGUUCCAGGCCCCCAGCAGAUGCAGCAGCCCAACUACGGAGCUCCGGGCCGAGCGGGCAGUAUGCCCGUGCAGCCCCCUCUUCACCCCCCGCAGCAGAGUAAUAACGUCCCCCCUCACCUAUUUAAUGGCGACCACAGCAAUGUGUCGAUGCUCGGCAUUGCUGGCGCGCAGACACAGGGCCAAAGCCAAGGCCCGGCUCCUAACCAGGGCCAGGACAACAAGCCUCCCAGCAGCUCCGGCAUGGACGGCAACUCCGGCGACGCGUUCCCGCGCGUGUCGUCUAUCGACAGCUUUUCGUGCCUAUUCCCUCGCGUGGCCAGCAUCGAGAACUUCCAGCAUGCGGCGUCAUCAGGCUUCGGCGGGAUGAACCCCAACGGCUCGUACUCGUCGACUGAGACCCAUAACACGAUGACUAGCAGUGGGUUCGACACGCAGCCUGCCGGCUUGCCGAAGCCUUUGUCCAUUGGCGAGGGUCUGAACGCCUAUUUCCCGCGCAUCCAGUCGCUGGAGCAGCUCUCGAACUUGUUGCAGGAUCACGGACCGAACAGUCCGCGGGGAGGGGCAACGUCUACAUCGACUCAGAACUCUCGGGAUACGAUCGAGAACUCAAACGACAACAGCAAGCAGCAGAACAAGGAUAAUUCUACACCUGGCGGAGGCAUUCGGAGGAGGCUGGGCGAGACUAGCAUCAAGGAUGAGCAGCAGCGAGAAGCAGACGUCAACCCCCAGACAGAAACUGGCAGCGCGAAUACCAGCACUAGCAACAACAACAGUAGCAGCAGUAGUGCUGUGUCGACUGCCACGAGCGUGACGACGAGCUCUACGAGCUCUGGAUCUACCAAGCGCCUUAGUCCCAGUCACAAUGCUCCGUCAUCCUCAGGUUCAGGCAACCAGAUUCAGAUUCCCAAGCCGUUGAACAAGAUGCCGCGCAGCUCGUCGGGUAUCUUCCCGCGCGUGCCGUCCAUGGACAAGAUGCCUCGAGUGCCCUCGAUUGACAAGCUUCCUCGCGUUGCGUCGCUCGACAAACUGCCGCGUAUCCCGUCGAUGGACAAGCUUCACACUAUGGGCGGUGGCGAGCAGCGUAUCCCGAGGGUCCCGUCCUCUGACAAGAUGGCGCGCGUGCCGAGCUCGGACAUGCUGUCACGCUUCGGCUCGAGCGACCACCUCAGCAGCUUCCCGUCGUUCUCGAACCUCAGCUCGCUGUCCACAAGCGCUUCGUACGAUAAGCUGAGCUCUCUGGGCGGCUUCAAGUCUGGGUUCCCGCGUAAUUCGUCUAUUGAGGACAUCUUGUCGCUAGUGGCGUCGUCCGAGUCUACGGGUAUGCCGUCAAACGGCUCGACACUGCAGCUGAGUGCUCUGGCCGCAGUUGCAGGCGAGGAGUCCUCCCAUAUCGCCAACGAGCGGAAACGCCGGCUCGAGAGCUCGCAGCAGGACGCGCCGCUGACUAGCGACAAGAAGAGCAAGCUGUCCGCGUGA